AUGACUGGUGCAGAUGAGGUCUCUUCUUUGGACAAACCCGCUCAACUUAACAUACGGGCCCCCAGGCCGGCAACUUUGACCUGGACUCAGCGAGAGGUUGAGAAGGACCACUCUACAGACUAUUCCACUGAAGAAGCCAAUGGCACGGGCAGUGGCCCUACCUCGCCUGUAUCACCUAUUAUUCCCGAAGCUUUACGAACUCCAAACACCGCAGACCGACAUAAAUACUCGUGUAAAUACCCAGCAUCCCCCGUAGCGACUUCACAGCUGCCUAGGCUCCACUCUCCAGCCUCUCAGAUAUUCGAGCGAAGUGUCCAGGAGGACAUGCUACCAUUUCAGACUUCGCCAUCGAUCCCGGCGCAUAUUCGAACAGAUAACUAUAUCCCACCCGUUCUCGAGGCAUCCUCAGCUGCCAUAACAAAUGAGCAGCUAGACCCAGAUUCGGUUGAGAUUGUUACACAUAUAAUCCACCAACAUGCCGCUGCAGGCGCCACCGGUGUGUCUUCCACCGAAGAGUCUUUGGCGUCAUCUGGUAUUUUCGAUCAUGGAGGAACACUUGACUUUGAUGAGGCCUCAUCUACACAUGGUGCACUUGACUCACCCGAUGUACGGCGCCUGAGCUUUAUCUCAUUUGCGGACGUUGUCAAUGCCGAAAAUGCUGAAACUGGGGAAUUUUCCUUUCGAGGGUCUCCAUCCCCAAUGCAGUCGCCGAAUUCUUCACAUGGAUUAGGAACAUCCCCUCCCACCAGCCCCGAGACAUCUUUUCAAGGACUUGAUAAGUCACCCAGUCUUGGGGCUCAUGGUACUGCCGGUUCAUUCUCAAUGACGCAGAGCCCAGUUUCUUCCAGCUUCGGCGGAGAACUAAACGUUGAAACUAUGCGCCAGGCACUGAAAAAAACCGGCAGUAGGGAUGGUGUGACUAGUCAAAUAGCGAGUACCUCGAACAACGAUAAUUCUUUGGAUCGCUCUUUCUUACUUUCUCGUCCUUGA